UGUCUCGCACCACAACUCACCACACACUUCACCCACUCACCAAACUCUCAAAAAACGACACCGUAAUCAUCGAAGAUGUCAGGACGCGGAAAGGGAGGCAAAGGCCUGGGCAAGGGCGGAGCGAAACGGCACCGUAAGGUCCUCCGCGACAACAUCCAGGGCAUCACCAAGCCGGCGAUUCGGAGGCUAGCCAGAAGAGGCGGGGUGAAGAGAAUCAGCGGGCUAAUCUACGAGGAGAGCAGAGGCGUCCUCAAGAUCUUCUUGGAGAACGUGAUCCGUGACGCUGUGACGUACACCGAGCACGCCCGCCGGAAGACGGUCACCGCCAUGGACGUCGUCUACGCUCUCAAGAGGCAGGGUAGGACCCUAUACGGAUUCGGGGGUUAACUUUGUGAAUUCAGUCGUCGGGUUCCGAAUGGGUCGGAGUUUUAGAUUCGGGUUGUAAUUUGUCGCAAAAGUUUGGAAAUUGAAAGGAUUUUUGUUUUUA